GACGCCGAAGCCUCAGGCAGCCCACAGGUCACUCUACUGCCGCCACUCCACUCGGCCGACAGUCCGCUAAGGCAGUCCAGGCACUCCGCCGUCGCCCCAGCCUAGCUGCGUGCCCCAGCGCAGCCAGCCCGCCGUCCACCAGGAGCACCCCCAGCCGCCGCGCUGCACGCCCGGAGUGCGCCCUCCGCCCUCGCGGGGACAGAGGGCCCGGUCACCGUCAUGCUGCCCGCUAUCUACACGGUCUUGGCAGGGCUGCUGCUCCUGCCGCUGGUGGUGAAUUUCUGCUGUCCCUACUUCUUACAGGACACGGGCUUCUUCCUGCAAUUGGCUGGUUUGGCCCGGCGGGUGCGCGGAUACGGGCAGCGGCGGCCAGUGCACACCAUCCUGCAACAUUUCCUGGAUAAAGUGCGCCAGACCCCGCACAAGCCUUUCCUAAUCUUUGGCGAUGAGACACUCACCUACGCGCAGGUGGACCGACGCAGCAACCAAGUGGCACGGGCGCUGCGCGACCACCUCGGCCUGCGCCAAGGAGAUUGCGUAGCGAUUUUCAUGGGCAAUGAGCCGGCUUAUGUGUGGCUGUGGCUGGGGCUGCUGAAGCUUGGCUGUGCCAUGGCGUGCCUCAACUACAACAUCCGCACGAAGUCCCUGUUGCACUGCUUUCAGUGCUCCGGAGCGAAGGUGCUACUGGCCUCGCAAGAACUGCAAGCGGCUGUUGAAGAGGUGCUGCCCAGCCUGGAGAAGGACAGUGUGGCCAUCUACUACGUGAGCAGAGCAUCCAGCACAGAGGGGGUUGGCUCUUUGCUGGACAAAGUGGAUGAGGUGUCAACCGAGCCCAUCCCAGAGUCAUGGAGGUCCGAAGUCACUUUUUCCACUCCUGCCUUAUACAUCUAUACUUCUGGAACCACAGGUCUCCCGAAAGCUGCAGUGAUCACUCAUCAACGCAUAUGGAAUGCAACCUUCCUCUCUUCUCUAAGUGGGGUGAACAAAGAUGAUAUCCUCUAUGCCCCUCUGCCCUUGUACCACAGUGCUGCGCUUCUGAUCAGCUUGCAUGGAAGUAUUGUGGCUGGUGCUACUAUUGUUUUGCGGAACAAAUUUUCAGCCAGCCAGUUUUGGGAUGACUGCCGAAAACACAAUGUCACUGUCAUUCAGUACAUCGGCGAACUGCUUCGGUACUUGUGUAACUCGCCCCAGAAACCAAACGAUCGUGAUCACAAAGUGAGACUAGCAUUAGGCAAUGGCUUGCGAGGAGAUGUGUGGAGAGAAUUCAUCAAGAGAUUUGGGGACAUUCACAUUUCUGAGUUCUAUGCUGCUACUGAAGGCAAUGUCAGCUUUGUGAAUUAUACAGGAAAGAUUGGUGCUGUUGGAAGAAUAAACUACCUACAAAAAAAAAUUAUGUGUUAUGAGCUAAUUAAAUAUGAUGUGGAGAAAGAUGAACCUGUCCGAGAUGAAAAUGGAUACUGCAUAAAAGUUCCCAAAGGUGAAGUUGGACUCCUGAUUUGUAGAAUAUCAGAAUUUACACCAUUUGUUGGCUAUGCUGGAGCAAAGACUCAGACGGAGAAGAAAAAAAUGAGAGACGUCUUUAAGAAAGGAGACAUCUAUUUCAACAGUGGAGAUCUCCUGAUGGCUGACAAUGAAAACUUCAUCUACUUCCAUGACAGGGUUGGAGAUACAUUCCGGUGGAAAGGGGAAAAUGUGGCCACCACUGAAGUCGCUGACAUACUAGGACUGGUUGACUUUAUCCAAGAAGUGAAUGUGUACGGAGUGACUGUGCCAGGUCAAGAGGGCCGAAUUGGCAUGGCCUCGAUCAAGAUGAAGGAAGAUUAUGAAUUUGAUGGGAAAAAAAUCUUUAAGCAUGUUGCUGAUUGCCUGCCCACUUACGCAAGGCCCUACUUUCUAAGGAUACAGGACACCAUUGAGGUCACUGUAACUUUUAAACACCGCAAAAUGAACCUCAUGAAGGAGGGCUUUAACCCUGCAGUUGUCAAAGAUGCCUUGUAUUUCUUAGAUGAAAAAGCAAAAAUGUAUGUGCCUAUGACUGAGGAUAUUUACAAUGCCAUAAGUGCUGGAACUCUGAAACUCUGAAAUUUCUCAAGAGGAUAACUCCUAUUUCCAGAAAGAAACUGAAUGGAUCUAGUACAGCCACUUGAUAUAAUCCAACAAUAAUUUGAUUGAAGAUGGUGAGGUACAUUUUUAUGCAUACCAAUAAAGGGACACUUUUCUAAAUUACACCUGCAACUUUGCAAGUGAAAAGAUCUAGAGAUAAUUCUUUUUCAUUGUGCACCUACUGUUUGUAAUUGCAAACUAAGCUUGUUAGAGGAAGAGCAUUAUUUUUAAAAUCUGUAAUAAAAUAGAUGAAUGCCAACAUA